UAUAAUUAAAGGAAAUGAGGGUGUCCGCAAUGCCGCUAUCUAGAAGUGCAUUCCAGGCAGAGGGCACAGCUGUUCCAAAGGCUGUGUUUGCGGGGCCACCACGAGAAGGGCAGUGAGGAAGCAGACGUCGGGGAAUAAAGUCAAAAGAUGAAGUGUGUGCCCGUUUGCCUGCAUGUGUGUGCACCGUGGGAAUGCCUGGUAACCUCAGAGUCCAGAAGAGGGCAUCAGAUCCCCUGGAACUGGAGAAGGUGUGGUUGUGAGCCACCGUGUGAGUCUGCAGACAGAACCCCUGUGCUCUGCUAGAGCAGUACGUGCAGCAGGGGCUUUCAAGGCUUAAGCGAACCGCGGACUGAGCGAGCGCGAGGUUCAAUAUAUAGAGCUGCUAAGAGCAGAUUCGAUUGGGUCCUGAGAUUUGACUCCAAAGCAAUGUUGCAGAAGACAGUGCUCUUACUGGCCCUGGUGGCUCAGGCACUGAUGCUGGAGAAUGGACUCCUGCGAACUCCACCCAUGGGCUGGCUGGCCUGGGAACGGUUCCGCUGUAACAUCAACUGUGAGGAGGACCCGAAGAACUGCAUCAGUGAACGGCUCUUCUUGGAGAUGGCUGACAGACUGGCUCAGGACGGAUGGCGGGACCUGGGCUAUGUAUAUCUCAACAUUGAUGACUGCUGGAUUGGUGGGCGUGACGACACCGGUCGCCUGAUUCCUGAUCCCAAGCGCUUCCCUCAUGGGAUUGCCUUCCUGGCUGACUAUGCUCAUUCUUUGGGUCUGAAGCUGGGCAUCUAUGAGGACAUGGGCAAAAUGACCUGCAUGGGUUACCCUGGUACCACCCUAGACAAAGUGGAGCUGGAUGCCCAGACCUUCGCAGAGUGGAAGGUGGACAUGCUAAAGCUAGACGGCUGCUUCUCCAGUCCCGAAGAACGUGCCAAGGGCUACCCCAUGAUGGCUGCUGCCCUGAACGCCACGGGCCGGCCCAUCGCCUUCUCUUGCAGCUGGCCAGCCUAUGAAGGGGGCCUACCCCCCAAGGUGAACUACACGGAACUCGCCAACAUCUGCAAUCUCUGGCGCAACUACAAAGACAUCCAGGACUCCUGGAAGAGCGUGAUGUCCAUUCUGGAUUGGUUUGUGAAACACCAGGACAUAUUGCAGCCGGUGGCGGGUCCUGGGCACUGGAACGAUCCAGACAUGCUGCUCAUUGGAAACUUUGGCCUCAGCUUCGAUGAAUCCCGAGCACAGAUGGCCCUGUGGACGAUACUGGCAGCCCCCCUCUUCAUGUCCACGGACCUGCGUACCAUCUCCCCCCAGAAUAUAGACAUUCUUCAGAAUCCACUCAUGAUCAAAAUCAAUCAGGACCCCUUAGGCAUCCAGGGACGUAGGAUCUUCAAGAGCAAAACCCAUAUCGAAGUGUUCAAGAGGUAUCUGUCUAACGAGGCCAGUGCCCUGGUCUUCUUCAGCCGCAGGACAGACAUGCCUUUCCACUUCCGUUGUUCCCUCUUGGAACUGAACUACCCGAAAGGCAGAGUGUAUGAGGGCCAGAACGUCUUCACAGGAGAUGUCAUCAGUGGCCUCCAGACUGAAUUCAACUUCACUGUGAUAAUCAAUCCUUCGGGGGUUGUGAUGUGGUACCUAUAUCCCAUCAAAGGCCUGGGGAUCUCCAAGAUGCUGUCCCAGUUGUGAGGACCCAAGAAUGACAGGCUAUUGUAGCCCCACUGAGCCGGGACCACGGAGCCUUAGCAUGCUGAGGACAGGGCAGGUGACGUGACCUCCAUCAUGCCCAAAGUGCAUUUGCGGGGCCAGGUUCCAUGCCAUGCUUAGCUGAAGCAGGGGCCCUCUUAGAAACUUGGAAUUCUUGGGACAGUUUCUUGUGGCCUUUGGGACUCUGCCCCCACAUAGCUCUGCAAAUUUUGCUGAACAGCUCAGCCGCCAGCCUCCCAAGCCCCCACAGGCAGGACCCUGAUGCCCGUCGGACUCCAGCCUCUGACUUUGCUGACUCAGAAAUCAGGAUUUGGAAUUUUUUUAAAUUAAGAAUAGAGACCUGACUCCAUGCCAGGAAUUUCUCAGAAUCAUGUGAUUGGCCUUCCUACUAGAGAAGGCCUUUGCAGUUGGUACCCUGGGGAGUGAGGGCCGGAUCGGAGACCUUAGCUCCCUUAGGUCACUAAUAAAGCUGUUUUUUUAAACUGUUCUCUAA